AUGCUAGAUAAGCAUGAGGAUAGCGUGUGAAUUUUGAGACUCAGAGGAGGGAUAAGGUGACAUUAGGGCAUGGCCUGGACCAUUUGCAGCGUAGGGCCUAGGUGUGUGCUGGUUACUAAGCGACCCCAGGCUUCGAGGGCUGAAGCUCAGGGGUGGAGCUUGGCCGUGGGAGUGUCUAGCCACAUGGUCAAUGCUUGGAGAGAAGAAUCUGGCUUUGAUGGGCGGAGGGCAAAGAUUGAAGAAGUAGCCAAUCCCAGACCUUGAGGCGGGCAACGCUAAGUAAACUGGUUGGAAUUGGCUUCCCUAGAUAGAGCCUUGCUCUGCGGCGGCGGGGCGGGGCCUGAUGCCAAGGAUGCGGGCUCCGGGAGCAGGAACAGCCUCUGUGGCCUCAUUGGGGCUGCUUUGGCUUCUGGGACUUCCGUGGACCUGGAGCGCGGCGGCGGCGUUCGGUGUGUACGUGGGUAGCGGUGGCUGGCGCUUUCUGCGUAUCGUCUGCAAGACGGCGAGGCGAGACCUCUUUGGCCUCUCUGUUCUGAUUCGCGUGCGGCUAGAGCUACGACGACACCGGCGAGCAGGAGACACGAUCCCACGCAUCUUCCAGGCCGUGGCCCAGCGACAGCCGGAGCGCCUGGCGCUGGUAGAUGCGAGUAGCGGUAUCUGCUGGACCUUCGCACAGCUAGACACCUACUCCAAUGCUGUGGCCAAUCUGUUCCUCCAGCUGGGCUUUGCGCCAGGCGAUGUGGUGGCUGUGUUCCUGGAAGGCCGGCCCGAGUUCGUGGGACUGUGGCUGGGCCUGGCCAAGGCCGGUGUAGUGGCUGCGCUUCUCAAUGUCAACCUGAGGCGGGAGCCCCUUGCCUUCUGCUUGGGCACAUCAGCUGCCAAGGCCCUCAUUUAUGGCGGGGAGAUGGCAGCGGCGGUGGCGGAGGUGAGUGAGCAGCUGGGGAAGAGCCUGCUCAAGUUCUGCUCUGGAGAUCUGGGGCCUGAGAGCGUCCUGCCUGACACGCAGCUUCUGGACCCCAUGCUUGCUGAGGCGCCCACCACACCCCUGGCACAGGCCCCAGGCAAGGGCAUGGAUGAUCAGCUAUUUUACAUCUAUACUUCUGGGACCACCGGACUUCCUAAGGCGGCCAUUGUGGUGCACAGCAGGUACUACCGCAUUGCAGCCUUCGGCCACCAUUCCUACAGCAUGCGGGCCAACGAUGUGCUCUAUGACUGCCUACCUCUCUACCAUUCAGCAGGGAACAUCAUGGGCGUGGGACAGUGUAUCAUCUACGGGUUAACGGUGGUACUGCGCAAGAAGUUCUCCGCCAGCCGCUUCUGGGACGACUGUGUCAAAUAUAAUUGCACGGUAGUGCAGUACAUCGGUGAAAUAUGCCGCUACCUGCUAAGGCAGCCGGUUCGCGAUGUAGAGCGGCGGCACCGCGUGCGCCUGGCCGUGGGUAACGGACUGCGGCCAGCCAUCUGGGAGGAGUUCACGCAGCGUUUCGGUGUGCGACAGAUUGGCGAGUUCUACGGCGCCACCGAGUGCAACUGCAGCAUUGCCAACAUGGACGGCAAGGUCGGCUCCUGCGGCUUCAACAGCCGUAUCCUCACGCAUGUGUACCCCAUCCGUCUGGUCAAGGUCAACGAGGACACGAUGGAGCCACUGAGGGACUCCCAAGGCCUCUGCAUCCCGUGCCAGCCCGGGGAACCUGGCCUUCUCGUGGGCCAGAUCAACCAGCAAGACCCUCUGCGGCGCUUCGAUGGCUAUGUUAGUGACAGCGCCACCAACAAGAAGAUUGCCCACAGCGUGUUCCGAAAGGGGGACAGCGCCUACCUUUCAGGUGACGUGCUAGUGAUGGACGAGCUGGGGUACAUGUACUUCCGUGACCGCAGCGGGGAUACCUUCCGAUGGCGCGGCGAGAACGUGUCCACCACGGAGGUGGAAGCCGUGCUGAGCCGCCUGUUGGGCCAGACGGACGUGGCUGUGUAUGGAGUGGCUGUGCCAGGAGUGGAGGGGAAAGCCGGCAUGGCGGCCAUUGCAGACCCCCUCAACCAGCUGGACCCUAACUCAAUGUACCAGGAAUUGCAGAAGGUUCUUGCAUCCUAUGCCCAGCCCAUCUUCCUGCGUCUUCUGCCCCAAAUGGAUACAACAGGCACCUUCAAGAUCCAGAAGACCCGGCUACAGCGUGAAGGCUUUGACCCCCGCCAGACCUCAGACCGGCUCUUCUUUCUAGACCUGAAACAGGGACGCUACCUACCCCUGGAUGAGAGAGUCCAUGCCCGCAUCUGCGCAGGCGACUUCUCGCUCUGAGCCUGGUGAGUGGGAUGGCCCUGGACUUGUGAGACCAGGGAGCUGGACACCCCUGUUCAGGUGUUUCUCCUGCCUGGCCACGUGGCCAGCAGCACCUGUGGGUGCAGGAAACUGGAACCUGAGUGGCCGGGUGUCCCUUUCCUAUAACCCACUAUGCACCCAUCUGGCCUCUGCCUUGGUCUUUUUCUCCAUCUCUUUUCUCCGUGCCCAGCAGGAGCCCCACAGACACAUUGGCUGCUGUGUCCUGCAGUGGGACCGGUGUCUAGGGGUCCAUGCUGCAGGCUGUGACCCGCACUGGUGCCCACCUCCCUUCCCCAUUGUGCCUUAGGUUCCUCCACUGUUCGCCGGUGAAGCAAGUGGGGACCCACAUAGCUGUUGUCCCUGCUGAGGGUUGGUAGCAAAUGCACCCUCAUGUCAGCUGGGAGACACGUGCAGUCUCCCACUGACCCCCAAUCAACUGAAGAUACUGUUUUGUAUUAUUGUUUUGAGAUAGGGUCUCACUGUGGAGGCCAAGCUGGCCUCAGGCUCACCACUCUACUGCCUCCGGGCACCAGCCUGCAGUUUGAUGACAUGUAUGCACUAUUGUUCUAAGGGUCUUCUGAGUCCCUGCUUUCCCCUCAUGUCCUAAAACCUUCCAGAACUGACUCUGAUCACUUGGAUGUAGCUAGUGUUGGCCCUGCCCACGUGUGUCAAUUCAGGGGUCCCCAGGCAUCAUCUCUGGAGGCCCUAACCUUGGCAAAGCUUGGAUGUCCUCACAUCACAGCAGGAGACCCAGGAAGGUUGCGGUGGUGUUCUCUUGGGCACCCCCUGGCGGCAGCCCUGGACAUGCUUCCCUGCUGCGGAUAGCCCAAACUGUUGCCUAUGACAUUUGAGGUCUACCCUUCUGGCUCUCAUGGUCCCCAUUGAGAUCUUUGGUGACUCACCUCAGCCACCAAGCCAGGCCUCUGCCUUCCUUCAGCUCUAAGGGCAUGAAGGGUGUGGACAGAGCAGCCACAGGCUGCCCACAGUCAUCCACAUGCAAGUGUUAUUUCCUUGUUUUAAAAAAAUAAACAUGCUGAGCCUUGACACCUGGUAGAGCAUAGCGUUUCUGUAUGUCACACCUGAGCAGAUUGCAGCUGGACACCCACAGGCCGUCCUGGUUAGGGUUACUAUUGCUGGGAUGAAACACCGAUCAAAGCAGCUUGGGCAGGAAAGUGUUUGUUUGGUUUACAGACUGUGAAUCAGCAUCCACUGAGGAAGCAGGGGCAGGAGCCUGGAGGCAGGAGAUGAUGCAGAGGUCACUGAGGGUGCUGCUCACUGGCCUGCUCCCCACGACUGUUCAGCCUUUUAAAUGUUUGUUUAUUGGUUUUUUUCAAGAUAGGGUUUCUCUGGGUAGACUUGGAAGUUUGGGAACUCACAUUUUACACAAGGCCGGUCUCAAACUCAGAGAUCUGCUUCCCCAGUGCAAGGAAUAAAGGCGUGAGCCACUGCUGCAUGCUCUCUUAGCUCAGGGAUGGCAGCACCCACAGUGGACUGGGACCUCCCUGAUCAAUCACCAAUCAAGACAGAUUGCCCACCAGCCAAUCUUGGGAGACAACUGUCUCAGUUGAGGGUUGAGGGCUCCUCUUCCUGAAUGGCUGUGGCCUGCAUCAAGUUGGCAUAAGUACUAAACAGUACAAAUCUGUCUCCAAAAAAAUAAAUAGAAAAUGGUGGCAUUGUA